CUGGCUGUGGGGCUGUGACUCGCGUCGUUUUCUGCCCAGUUUGUUCCCGGGCUUGUUGCGAGUGGGGUGGGACAGGGUAGAGCGUGAUCCUAAAACUAAGAAAGUGGAACAGAGUCCUUCCGCCGACUUGCUCAUUCAUGCCAUUUAUUCAACAGUUUUUUUUGCUGAGGUCCGUCUGCAGUCCAGGAGUGAACAAGAUGCUGAGGGCUAACCUGAGGAAGACAGAAAACAAACUAAUCAACCAAGAUAAUUUCAGAUUAUCCUUUAAGGAAAAUAGAUCAGGGUAAUGUGAUGGGGAGCGACUAGGGACAGUGAGAGCUAGGUUAGAUAGUAAGGAAGGCUCUUUGACGAGUGACAGUUGAGUUCUAAAUGAAAAGGGUGAACAAAAAUCGAUGGAAGAGUGUUCCAGGCUGGGAGCAAAUCCAGAAGCCCUGAACUUGGUUGCUGGAGGAACUGAAACUCCCGCCAGGGUAGCGGGAGCGCCGUGAGUGACGGGGACAGAGCGCGGCGCCCAGAAGACGCUCUCAGGAACCAGAGGGGCUUAUGUAGGUCUUACUGCUCCUUGCAACGAGGGGGCUGCGCGAGGUGGGGGCGCCUCGCUCCGGAGGGAGCCCGGCGUCCGGUGUCCACCCCGGCGUCCGGGUGGUGCGUCCCGGGACUGGCAGAGGGCCCCUCGGAGUUCCGCACCGGCCCCCCACCUGAGAAGCGCGCUGGAUCCAGCCGGCUGGCCGACUCCCCGUGACCCCCAGGAUGCCAGAAGCCAGGACCUCCCGCCACGACCCCACGCGAUGGAAGAAGAAGCCGCCGGUGCGCCGCACGGUCAGCCAGAUCUGCCCACCCCCGCGGCGGCCCCUCACCGUGGCCGACAUCCAACCGGGCAUGGAGAACGAGAGGCUGGGGGUCGUGCGAGAUUCCAUGUUUCAGAACCCGCUCAUCGUCAAGGCUGAACUUGGGAAGCCCCGGGAAAGAAGCUGCAGUCUGCCUGGAAUUAAUUUUAAUUACGGACUCUACAUCCGGGGGCAGGAUGGAGGGGUCCCUGAAGCCAUUGGACACUGGAAUGUAUUUAAACAGCAGCCUACCUGCCCCCAUGAGCUGAACCGGAAUUAUAUCGCCAUGAACCGUGGGGCAGUAAAAGCUGGCCUGGUAACUGCCCGGGAGAAUUUCCAUUACCGUCAGCUCAAUGACAUCCGCAUCAGUGACCAGGAUGACCGGCGCCUCAAGAAGGAACCGCCCUCUCUCCCUCCGAAUAUGACAUUCGGGAUCCGGGCACGGUAAGAUGGUUGGCACCCGUGCCAGACGGCUGGCACCCGUGAUGGUGAGGGGGCUGCUCAGUGGUGACUGAAUUAGGGAACAAUGUGGGAGCAUGACUCUGGACUCCAGGGAGGGGCGAGUGAUCCAGGCCUGGCCAAUCAACAUAUCUCACAAACCACGGCCAAAGUGAUUGGUUCAGAGGCAGACAUGUGACCCAUGUCCCAACUCUGGAAUGCAUGACAUUCUAUAAAAGUAGAAUGUGGUUGCAUGUAAUCAAGUCUCAACUCAAACGACUUUGAUUUUUUUUAAGGGGAAUUUAUUGGCUCACAUGAUUGAAAAGGUAGCGCUUCAGGCAUAGCUGGAUCUAGGCAAUCAGGCAAUGUCACCAGCGUUGGGUAUGUCUCUCCAUGACCUGGCUGUGCUUCCCAGUUUGGGCUCCGUUCUCCGACAGGCUUCUCCCUCGUGUGGCAAAAUGGCCAGAAUCAGUUCCAUUCUUACAUCCUACACUUUUAGCGACCCCAGUGGGAGUGGUGUAGGAACUACAAAAGCCUUGAGAUUAAGAUUCUUUGGUCCAACUUCAGUAGCGUGCUUAUCCCUGAACCAACCAAAGGAGUGAGUAGAAAUUGUGACCUACACUGAUUGGCCAGGCCUGGGUCACACUUUUGCCUCUGCACCAAUUACUGAGGCCGGGGGAUUCUGGUGCUCUGAUUGGCCAGGCCCGAUCCCUUGCCCCUCCUUGGAGGGGGCGUGGUUGGAAUCAGUCCCCACGAUCUACAGGGGCUGAUGGUGGAAAAGAUGCAGAAAUAGAGGUUCUGAUCCAGAAGGAGAAGAACAGAACACGCUAGCAGGCAAAACCAGCAAAUGUCCAGUACAACAGGGCUUCCCAACCCAUAUUACGUCACAACACAAGCAUUACAAAAAUCACUGAUAUUUGUACAUUACAUUGUACAGAUAAAUAGCAGUGCUGUCAGCCAGCAGUGAACGGCCUGGGGCCUCCAGCUGCCCCAAGUCCCAUCUGUGACACCUGAGACUAAGCCUGUAUCUUGGUGUCCAUCUGUGUGGCACUGCCCUGCUCUGCCCACAUGCAAGGCCAUUGACAGUCUAUCUCCAGUCCUUUCCCAUCACAACCCACUGUUCCGGGACCGGUGCCUUCCUUUGGCUGUGCUACUCAACUUUUGGGGGGGAGGUGAGGCUUCCUUUAUUUCUUAUUUUAUUUUUUCUAAUCGUCUUUUACUGUGGUUACAUAUACAUAAGAUUUACCAUUUUUAGGUGUACAGUUCAAGGGCAUUAAGUACAUCCAGAUUGCUGCACGACCUUCACCACCAUCCAUCGCUAGAACUUUUUCUUCAUCCUAAACUGAAACCGUGUACCCACUAAACAGUAACCCUCUAUUUCGCACCCCCUCAGCUCUUGGUAACCACCCUCCACUUUCUUUCUGUAUUAAUUCGACUACUCUAGGGACCUCAUAUAAGUGGAAUUAUAUAGUAUUUGUCCUUUUAUA